AUGUACGAACGCCAUAAGAGGCGAUACAGCUUGUGCGACAUUUCCAAGGUGGACAGGACUGUAGAUGUUGUGUUGUUAAAGAUAAACCGCGAAAGCUGGUGUUCGCUGGAGCCAUGCCCCGAUUCUUCCCUGCUGGAACGCAAGAGGACGCGGGAGUCUCCAGAAUGUGAGAAUUUCUUGGAGGAUGGGCUGAGUAGCGUCUGUGCCUCGUCACAGGGUGUCCUUAAAAGAGAGUCCGGGAGCGAGUCUGACCUCUUCCCCUUGCCUGGUGAUGGGAUGGAAGACCUUGUCUUUGGAAAGCCUGAAGAGGAGCAGUCUGCAUGCGAUGUCACCAGCUCCAGUUCCUCUGCAGAUGACACCAUGUCCCUGGAGAGGAACUCAUCCCUGGGCAGCGACACGUCCCUUCCCUUUCCGCCGAUGGUGAACUUCGUCCAGCCCAAGGACAGGCACAGCUUGGAUGGCAGCUGCACCAACAUGGUGGCCACAGAGGGAGGAGAGAAGGAAGAGGAGCUGGACAGUAUCGCGGAUGUGCCCACUCAUUCCUCAGUCUUACGAAACUCCAUGCGGCCGCUGUCACCUUUCCGUCGACACAGUUGGGGGCCGGGGAAGAACGCCACCAACGAAGCAGAAAUAAAUCAGAGGAGUUACAGCCUAGAAGGCCUUGCUGGAGACUCUGGUGAGAACAAGCAGCCCUCUACAAACUUGGAGGCUUCUUCUCUGAGCUCCAAAGAGCUCAGACCAAGUUCGCUUGCCAGCAAUCAGUGCGGGUCCCUGGUCUUGCUCACUGAAGAACUCGAGCAAGGGGAAAUCAGAGACUACAAUCGCCAGAUGCAUCAAACAUCACAGCCGCAAGGAUUUAAUUUCUGUUCUUCCGCUGUUUCAUCUCCGCUGACCAAAUCUAUGUCUCUAAUGUCAAUUAGUAAACCAGUGCUGGACACCCAGGGCCGGACUCGACCAUCGAGACGGAUCUCCUUCUCCUUCAGCAUCUCUCCACUCAUUCCUAAGUCUAAAACUCUCUUUUCUAUUGGCUCUUCUUCCAGUGGUGAGGAGGAGGAGUUGGAUAGUACGCAGGCGUUCGGCGGCCCCACGGGUUCCUCGGUUCAGAGCAUAUCCGAAGAGAGCAGCAGUGACCGCUCUAAAGGUGGAACAAAAGUCAGUCGCACCUUCAGCUACCUCAGGAAUAAAAUGUCCAGCAGCAAGAAGAGCAAAGAAAAAGAGAAAGAUAAAGAGAAGACUAAAGAGAAGGACAAAGAUUCCAAGGAGAAGGAAAAAGAUAAGAAGCUGUUAAACGGACAUCUCUUCACUGCAACCUCCGUUGUAGCCCAAGCAACCUGUUACCACUGUAUGAAACCUUUCAAUAAGGAUUCGUACUACUGUGCAAACUGCAAUGCAAUUGUUCACAAAGGCUGUAAGGAGAGUUUUGCUUCUUGUGCAAAGGUCAAAAUGAAGCCACAGAGAGGGAUGCUGCAGGCACAUGAUACCUCUUCAUUACCCACAGUAACCAUGAGAAACAAAAGCUCGCAACCGAAGGAGCGCCCUCGCUCUGCAAUACUUGCUCCUGAUGAAAACACCGUAACCUCAAUAUUCAAUAACAGGAGAUCACAACAGACUACAGCACUUUCGAAAAGUGUCUCAAUACAGAACAUUGCAGGAGUUGGGAACGAUGACAGCUUAAUACACACUUGGAAAUUCCUAUCGCAGUCAACAGACUCCUUACAUAAAAUCAGCCGGGUGAAUGAAUCCAUGGAGUCACUGGUUGAUGAGGGUGCGGACAUGAACGAAGGACAGCUGAUGGGAGACUUGGAAUUAGAUUCCAAGCAGCUGGAGGCAGAGUCCUGGAGCCAGGUAGUGGACAGCAAGUUCCUACAGCAGCAAAACAAAGAUGUUGUCAAACGGCAAGAUGUCAUUUACGAGCUAAUGCAGACAGAAAUGCAUCAUGUCCGCACCCUGAAGAUCAUGAAUGAUGUAUACAGCGCAGGGAUGUUAAAAGAACUGCAGUAUGAUCAACAAGUCGUGGACAAGAUCUUUCCCUGCCUGGAAAACUUGCUGCACAUCCACAGUCACUUCUUCCAGCGGAUUCUGGAAAGGAAGAAGGAGUCGUUGGCAGACAAAAGUGAAAAGAACUUUGUUAUCAAGAGGAUAGGUGACAUCCUAGUGAAUCAAUUCUCCGGUGAGAGUGCCGAGCGAAUGAAGAAAACAUACGGCAAAUUCUGCGGGCAUCACAAUGAGGCAGUAAAUAACUUCAAAGAUCUGUACUCAAAGGACAAGCGGUUUCAGGCAUUUGUCAAGAAAAAAAUGAGCAGCUCCCUGGUGAGGCGUCUUGGGAUUUCUGAAUGUAUCUUGUUGGUAACACAGAGAAUCACAAAGUACCCGGUCCUUUUACAAAGGAUACUGCAGUACACCAAAGAAAAUGAAGUGGAACAUGAAGACUUGACUCAGUCAUUAAACCUCGUUAAAGACGUGAUUGCUGCAGUCAAUAGCAAAGUCAGCAAUUAUGAAAAGAAAAUGCGUCUUGGUGAGAUUUACAACCGGACGGAUAGCAAGUCCAUCAUGAGGAUGAAGAGUGGCCAGAUGUUUGCAAGAGAGGACUUGAGGCAUCGGAAGCUCAUCCGAGAUGGGCCUGUUUCACUAAAAAACGCAGCUGGCCGGUUAAAAGAAGUCCAGGCUGUUCUCCUCUCUGACAUGCUCGUAUUCCUUCAGGAGAAGGACCAGAAGUAUGUCUUUGCCUCACUGGACCAGAAAUCCACUGUGAUCUCUCUGAAGAAGCUGAUUGUACGAGAAGUGGCUCAUGAAGAGAAGGGUUUGUUCCUGAUCAGUAUGGGUGUAAAAGAUCCCGAAAUGGUGGAAGUCCAUGCCAGCUCCAAAGAAGAGCGUAACGGCUGGAUACAGAUCAUUCAAGACACCAUGAACACCAUGGAUAAAGAUGAAGACGAAGGAGUCCCUUGUGAGUCUGAGUUUGAAAAGAAAGUGUCGGACGCAAAAGUGAGAGGACUGAAAGAGCAACUUCAGCAGAAGGAUAAGCAGAUCCUCCUCUUGCUGGAGGAGAAGGCUAAGAUCUUCCGGGACAUGGCAGACAGUUCCGUGCAGGAGGACAUGCCAGGCUCCAGGCUGCUCUUCAGAGCCAACACAGAAGAGGCACCAAAAGGAGAGGCCAUUAUGAAAACUGCAAUAAAUGAAGUUGAACUGCUGCAAGACCUGGUGAACAGGAGCCUGGGCACUGCCCUCGGACAGCAGGUCAGCAGCACUGCCAUGGAACAAGAAGGAGGAGUUGGCCCCAUCUCUCUCCCUAGAAGGGCAGAAACUUUUGGAGGAUUUGACAGUCAUCAGAUGAAUGCCUCCAAGUGUGGAGCGAAAGAUGAAGGCGAUGAUGCUCAGGACCUUCGGAGAACAGAGUCGGACAGCAUUUUAAAGAAGGGUGGAAAUGCUAAUCUGAUGUUCAUGUUGAAAAGGAAUAACGAGCAGGUCCUCCAAACCAUUACCAGCCUCCAUAAGCUGCUCAGUGCUUUGCAGGGCGUAGUGCUGCAGCAGGACACCUACAUCGAGGACCAGAAGCUGGCUCUGAGCGAGAGGGCUCUGACCCGAAGCUUCUUCCGGCCAACCUCGCUGCUGGAGCAGGAGAAGCAGCGCAACCUGGAGAAGCAGCGCCAGGAGUUGGCCAACCUGAAGAAGCAGCAGACACAGCACCAGGAGGAGAGGCGGAAGAAAGAGAAGGAGUGGGAAGUCCGGGAGAAGGAGCUGGCAGAGCAGGAGGCCCACCUGGCCCAGCGAGAGGAGCAGGUCCAGAGAGGGUGGCAGGAUCUCGAGCGGGAGCGAGAGGAGCUGCAGGUGAAGAAGGCCUCCUACCAGCUUGACCUGGAGAGGCUUCGCACGGCGCAGAAGCAGCUGGAGAAGGAGAAGGCGCAGUUCAAGCAAGAUGUGGAGCGAUUAGCUCAAAUGCGGCAGGAGCCUGACCACAACCAGGUUUCAAAUCUACAUGAGAAACUGGCAAGAGUCCCCUCCCACUCCAGCAUCGAUGACUCCUCCAAGCAGAAGAGCCCUUCCUUUCCUAAACAAGGGCACUUUGAUGCAGAACUGUCUGUCUCCCCCAAAAGGAACAGUCUUUCAAGGACACACAAAGAGAAAAGCACUUUCCAUUUGCUUAGCACAACAAACCAGACUAACAAGGCAGCUGAGGAACAGCCCCAGAUGCCUACCCGCCUCUUCAAUUUAGCCAAACCAAAGGAGAAGAAGGAAAAGAAGAAAAAGGGCAGGGGACAUCGCUCCCAACAGUCUGAUUCUCACUCGUCAGAAGCACCUCCGGAGGGCGAGGAGAUCUUCUGCUGAGCAUGGACGGUUUCAUUGGUCACUCUCGGCAUUGGUACAGUGGACAUCUCCCUGCCUGCUCCACAGCACGCUGCUGGUGCCUGCAUCUGACAAGCAUCUGGAGGUUUUAAAUAAAAUAUGUUAAGAAGUCUGUUAAGUGGUGGGAAAAGGCCUCUCUCCUGUGGUUUUGUGUGACUUCUCACCACAGAGGCUGACUGCACAGCAAAUAGUACCAUCUCUCUGUGCAAACCUUGGGUUAAAUGGAUUGGGAUGGAUGUUUUCUGUCUCUUCUUACUGCUAAAGGAUGAGAGAACAUAGCCUUAAGGGUUCUGUGCCUUCAAAUUCCCCUUUUCUGGGGAACGUAACCAAAACCAAGCAUUUAGCAAAAGGUUAGGACUCUACAAAUGGUGCGUACACACUGGCAUAUAUAGAUAUACUGUAUAUAUACAUAUAUGUAUCUAUGUAUCCACUGGGAUAUGCUUACAGUCUGUACAGCCAAGCUUAGCCCAGCCCAUGGGGAUAGAUGAUACCUGAUGACUUUCAGGGAGUGUGUAGAUAUUAAAUAUCUUGCCCUUACUGCUCCGAGUGUAACACCAUUGACUUGCACUCCCCUUUUGUGCUCAUGGU